AUGAGUUUGCUCAUCGGUAUCUUGGUCGCGUCUGCACAGCAAUUUCGGUCGUAUCUCUGGUACCUUGUCCGCCGGCGAAGACCCAGCAUCCCCCCGGUUUUACACUGUGCCGCCUCGAUGAUGCUCCUGAGUUUGCUGUUGGCUGUCGGGGUGUUCAUAGCGGAUACCGUCCUGCAUUACACGACGUCGACUGUUGAGGUUGAUCAGAUCUUGAUUCCGCCAGAACCAACCCAGGAAUUUGGUCGCGGUCUUUCUGAGUUCUGCUUGACCUUCAACCGAACUUUUGUGGGACUGCCUUGUUCCGACACGACCGACUCCGGAGUAGUCGACCCGAAUGCAAACUUUGAAGCUACAGAAACGAAUCGGCUCUUCCACAACACUUCGCAACUUUCAGAGAUUCGAAUCACGGCGACGGAAGACAUCCCAGGGGCCGAGCUAGCAUACCUCAUUCCCCAGCAACAGACGAUGGUUCCCAAUACUGAUUACGAAGCAUCGACUAUCGGGAUAUCGACAACUUGUCGCUUUGUCAACCCAUCCAGCUGCGGCAUGGUACUUUGGGAUGAUUACUACACCAACUUCAGCUGCACCGAUAUGUUUCACGGCACUAUCGGGAUGCCACCAAUCGUGAGCACAAACCUCAAUAAUCUACGCCCUCCGGAUCCGUAUCGUUCAUUCUUGAUGUACAAAGGGGCUGCCAACCUGAUGUACUCGUUUUUCAACGAUUCAGGAAUGAGAAACAUUUACAACACUGUUGGCUACAAUGACUCGGGCGCCUUCGACUUGAGCAUUUCUCCAUAUCCCAACUCUGACUUGGUGAAUCCGUUCUAUAUCGGCAUCGCCGCGCGAAUUUCAACUACAAGUGGACAAUUUGUGUCUGGCAAUGAAAUGAUGGCAAACAACACAGACGCCACUUUUAUCUCUGAUGGCGUCCUGGAUUUCAUUCUCAAUUGUGCCGUGGCGUCAUACGACAUCUCGUAUACCUGGGUUGACGGUGCGCUGCGGAAUAUCCACGCGGUGCCGACCGGCAAUGGCAGCAUCCUGGAGAUUUUCCACGGAAACCUACUGUACGCGACUAUCAGUGGUGGUGAUCCUGCUCUACAAGAUUUCCUCACACAGUCUGCAUUGGCUGGAGACACGACUGAGUCUUUUCUCCAGAAAUUUGGAAGUCUAUACUCUACCAAGGUCCUAGCAAACAUUGGCGGAUACACUACAGGCCGUCUUGCCCUUGGCCAACAACAGCGUGAACAUAUGCUGCUUUCCAAAGUGCCCGUUCCACCACUAGCGAUACUGGUGGCAUGGAGUUUCUGCUAUCCCUUGCUUGGGCUGAUACUGGCCUUCCAAGCAUACUGGGCAUCCCGCGGUAACGUUCGCAGUAUCGCAGCGAAACUGAGCUUGCUUGGGUUGUCUCAGGCUGCCUUUGGAGACAAGCGAAUGGAAGCAUCAACCGGCGGAACCACUUCGAGGGAGGACGUGAAUCAGCUUCUCAAGCAAGAGACGAGGCGCAUUCUUGUCGAUGGGAGCGCACAACAGGGUUUCGAGUUUGGUGUCAUGCUAUGA